GAGUAUAAACCUGGAACCCUAUAGUGGGUCUGUGUUUUUCUCAGCUCACGCAUCAUUCUCACCUUUUUCACCCCGAGCCAGUUUGCAUGCCUGAGUCCUGGCGAGGUCGAGUACAAAUCAGAGUGGAGCGACUGGAGCCCUGUGUUGCACUGGGUCUCUGCCGUCGGGACGGAAGUAUCAUCGACGACAGAAAGAGAGUUUGUUAUGCAGUGGGAAGCUCUGGUGACAGCAGUCGUAGGUGCAGUGGUGUUUCUGUCCCUAGCCAUCAUCGUCUGCAAGACAGACAGAGAGACCUGGGUGUUUAUGGUGAAGAAGAUCAGGGGUCCUCCUCUGCCAAACCUGGAUCACUUACUCGGUCCUGAAGGCAAAUCUCCGGUUUGGCUGAAGCCUGGCUUCCCCAGUGAGUCCCAUCACACCCUGACUGGGCUAGAUUUGAUCUCCUCAGUGGAGGUCACCAGCCGCCAGUCUGCAACACUGAACCUCAAGGCCUCCUCCAAACACAGCCGGUCUGCAUCACUUGCGCAGAAGCUCAAGGCCGCCUCCAGGUACUCCAACCCAAGCUAUCCCCACCUGCUCCUCCACGUCGAGGCCCACCCUAACCUGAAGCCCUGCAGCGCCGACUCCCCUUAUGGACCCAUGGGCGGGGGAGCCGUGGGUGAGGUGGCAACGGGAGGAACAGAGGAGUAUCAGGGGGAGGGCGGAGAAGGAAGGGCUCCAUCUGACCUGAAUCUACUCAACAUGAUCCCCGGCGCUCCUAUCGGCACUACCGGGUCCAUGAAGUUCUGCAAGAGAUACGAAGAGGUGGGAGAGGGAGGAGGCAGCACGGCUGAGGGUGGGUCUCAAGGUUCAGAGAGUCAAGAAGAGGAAGGCGAAGAAUUGCCGAUUGAAAAGUUGCUGAGUCAAGGAUUCGUCCGGGGAGAUAUCAUAGGUCAGGGAUCACUGGAGGUUUGUUUGGACUAUGAAAAGGUCGGGUCACUGGAGGUUUGUUUGGAUCAUGAAAAGGUCAGUUCACUGGAGGUUUGUUUGGACUAUGAAAAGGUCGGGUCACCGGAGGUUUGUUUGGACUAUGAAAAGGUGAAGUUGCUUGAAGGUAGAGCCAUGAGCCCUGACUCAGGUGUAGGCAGUGGGGGGGAGGAGCAAGUCAGUGUGGAGAGCCUGGAGGGUGUGGAUUUCUCUCUUGGCACCAAAACAUUUACAUUUCCUCCGCUUUCGGGCACAGAACUACGACUCCCUGGUUCACUCAUCGAGAGUUCCCCGUUUUUCCCAGGGCAAGGACCGAGUUCAUCCUUGUCAUUUAGUUCUGAAGAUGGCGUUUCCAUGACGAGUACAACCACAUUGCUGCCCUCUAGUGGCGGAUAUAUGCCAGUGUAAACACAACUGAAAACUAAAAAUACCUAUCAUAUUAUCUAUGCAAUGUCAAUAUUUUUGACAAUGUUAUUAUUUUUUUGGGGAUAUUUUUGCAUUAAAAACAGAUUAUUAAUUAUUCACUAUGAACUUUCGCACUCAUUGUUAGGCUACACAUUGAAGUGGUGGCAUAGGCUUAUCGUUCAUCCUUAAACCCCUAACAACCUAUGAUAACUGCUUUAUUUAUAUUCCAUAGCAUAUGUUAAGCAUCAACGAGGGUUUAACGUUUCAAAGAGACCAAUCAUAUCCUUAAAUAGAGUACUAAUAGCGUAGGUGAAUACAGCCCUUUAUAUAGUCCGAGGUGAAUUCGGUAUCUAUUUUAACAGUUUUUGUUCCCUUAAAGCGCUGUUGCUGGGUGUCAACCCUUUACGUCACAAACAUGCCUGCAAGCUUCGCACUCGCAGCUUCACCUGAAGAUUGAUGGAUCAGAUGACGUCUCGUUUAACGAU